GGGCGUGGCUAAGGAGGAGCGUGUGGUCACGUGAGAGGAGAGCCCCGGCUUGGGUCACGUGAGGCUCUCCUUAUGGCAGAAGUGGGCUUCUCGGUCGCUUUGCAGGAGCGCCUCUCGGGGCUGAAAGCAAGGCUACAGCGCUGGAGCAGAGGAGGGCGCACGGAUGAUUCCUUCUUAAUGCAGGCUUCUGCUACACUGGAACGCUUAACAGCCCUGUCUGAAGAACACAGAGAAAACUUCACACUUCCCAAGUUUUUGCAACUUUAUACACAGGCUGCAUUGGAUAUCACAUACUUUGAGGAAAAUCAGCUUGUAGAUGAAGAAUUUCCAGAGGAGUCUUCUUUGCACAAAGUUGAAGAAUUAAUUAAUGUACUUUCAGAACCAGAAAUCUUGGUCAAAGAAAACAGCACAUCUCAGGAACCACUUUCGGUGCUUGGUACAGAACUGCUGGAAUGUCUUUACUGGAGGAGAGGGGCUUUACUCUACAUGUUUUGCCAUACUGUUAAAAGCAGGAAAGAAUGGUUGACGGAGAAGACUGAGCUGCUUAAAAAGUUUCUUAGUGAAGGAAUCCAUUAUUUGGUGACGAUGCUUGGAUUUAGAUGUUCUGAUAACACAGAUGAAGAGGUCUCAUUUGGGGAUGCAGACACAGCAAGAUUGAUCCAUGAAGGCAUAUAUAGUGAUACCCAUCUGCUGGCUAUGAUGUACUGUGGAGAAAUGUGUUACUGGGGAUUGAAGUACUGUGGAGAAGGAAAGGAACCAGUUCAAAGCACGGAUCCCAGAUCAGAAAGCAGAGCACCCAAUAUGGCUCUGGACUUCCGAGAGACAGGAGCAAAAAUGUUGCAGAAAUACAUCGCUGUCUGUGAAGGACCUUUGAGACUGCAUGACUGGGACACCAAAAACGCAAAGCGUAUACUGAACUAUUUCCAGAACUUACCAACUUAGCUGUCUCCAACGUAGAUUCUACAUUCCAAAACCUGAAACAGUAAUACAUUUGGGGGAGGGUAGGAAAGAAUCAAUAGGACUUCCAGAUGCUUUUUGCUUACAGUUCCCAUCAGCCCCAACCAUGGUGAGGAAUUGUGGGAAUUCAUGUCUAAAGCUACCUGGAGGGGCUGAAAGAGAAAAAUUCAUAUAGAAAUGUUUGCAUGUCUGUAUUAUAUUUUGCAAAACUAAAAGCACAAGAGAGGAGGGACCACUAUUAUAAACUGGGAUAAUACAAUGAAGUUAUUUAGACAAUGAAUUAAUCGACAGCAUGCCCAGACAGCCUUGGACUAUACAGGAAUAAUAUUUUUGUUUUAUUGUUGGGAAUCAUGGAUGCAGAAAUAAAAACAAUGCAUGGA